GUUCUUAUCAUGGUGCCGUACCUUCUUGUGCUCGAUCUCUGCAGUAUAUAAAUUAAUAAUCACUGGCAUUGUUUGUUCCAUCUCUUUUUGUCUACAAAUAGGGACAAAACCAAGUUGUGAAGAAGAGGAGGCGAAGGUUUUUUUGGUGCGAAAUGGCGAAGGCGAUUCGGUUCUUUGAGUUGAACACCGGUGCUAAGAUUCCUUCAGUUGGGUUAGGAACAUGGCAGGCUGAUCCUGGCGUCGUUGGCAACGCAGUCACCGCUGCGAUUAAGUUGGGAUACCGCCACAUUGAUUGUGCUUCAGCAUAUGCCAACGAGAAGGAGAUUGGUCACGCUCUUAAGAAGCUGUUUAAUGAUGGUCUUGUGAAGCGUGAGGAUUUAUGGAUCACCUCCAAACUCUGGUGUGUGGAUCAUGCUCCAGAAGAUGUACCAAAGGCUUUAGAUAGAACUUUGGGAGACUUGCAGCUUGACUAUCUCGAUCUGUAUCUCAUCCACUGGCCAGUCAGUUUCAAAAGGGGGUCGGUUGGAUUUAAGCCUGAAAACUUUUCCAAGAGUGACAUACCCAGCACAUGGGGAGCAAUGGAGGCACUCCAUGAUUCUGGCAAGGCUCGAGCUAUUGGUGUUAGUAAUUUCUCUACAAAGAAGCUUGAAGAUCUCUUAAAAGUAGCGCGUGUGCCACCAGCUGUUAACCAGGUGGAGUUGCACCCGCAAUGGCAGCAACCGAAGUUGCAUGAUUUCUGUAAAGCCAAGGGAAUUCACCUAUCUGGAUAUUCACCAUUGGGUUCUCCAGGCACGGGAAGUAUUAAGGGUGAUGUUCUGAAAAAUCCAGUCCUUAGUACUGUUGCAGAGAAAUUAGGCAAGUCCCCAGCACAGGUGGCUCUUCGUUGGGGACUGCAAAUGGGUCAUAGUGUGUUGCCAAAGAGCACAAAUGAGGGAAGGAUUAAGGAGAACUUCGAUGUUUUUGACUGGUCCAUACCUGAAGACUUGUUCUCAAAAUUUUCUGAAAUUAAGCAGGAGAGGCUAAUUAAAGGUACUGGAUUUGUCCAUGAGACCCUUGGCGAGUACAAGACAGUUGAAGAACUAUGGGAUGGAGAGCUUUGAGCAAAUUUUGGAAGCUAAGAGCAUUAGAGUCAUUUAUUCAACUUGUUUGAUCCCAGUGAUUUCGAAAGUUCAGUGAUUUUGAGUUUAUGCUUAUUAAACAUAUGUUGGAGGAUACAUGUCUCUGUGAUAAUUGGAACAUUAGUAGACCAUUGAGCAUUUGAAAUAGGCAAUAAAAUCCCUCUUUCGUUUUCU